AUGGGUUGGCACGCAGUUCGAAUACUCGACUCGAGAGCAAAAGCUGUGACUGCCUUGGCUAGUGAAGUCCGAGCUCCAUUAUCUGUUGCCAUCAUUGGCGCGGGCAUUGGUGGCCUCGCACUGGGCAUCGGUCUCCGAAAACAGAAUGUGCCUUGCAAAAUCUAUGAAGCGGGCCCACGAUUCGAUGCUGUUGGCGUAGGGCAUUGGGAUGGAUCCGAAUGCGUUGGAGGCGAUGGAGCUCAUGGGCAGGGAUUUUUUCACGGAUGUAUGAUGGUCGGGAAUGCAUACCCAGAGAAGCUGCAUGAGCAGUUUGAGAUCUUGAGCGCCAAACAGGGAUUUGGAGCUGGAAAUGUUGUGAUGGCAUCAAGAGUAUUACCAGGAGAGUGGUUUUUGGAGGAAAGAUACUCAGAGGAAGUCGAUGCGAAAUGCUGCAAUACCUAUGUGUACAGAAAUAUCUGUCCCAUAGGAGAGGCGGAACGAAUGAUCGGGUCUCUGGUUGAAAACGCAAAAUGGUAUAUGCGCGAAGGGCGAGGAUGCGUGAUGUAUCCUAUCUCAAAGGGAGAGGAGGUCAACAUCGUUGUUUUCAUCAAGGACGAGAAUCCCUGCUGGGAGAGCAGAAUAACGGUGCAAGUUUCAAGAGAAGAAAUGCUGUCCGAUUUAGAUAGUUUCGAUCAAAGACUCAUGACGCUGUUGGAUGUGAGUUCUCCUUCUUUCUCUUGGGGCAUCACAACACCAAACCUUAAAGAUGGUCCAUACUCCAUCAUCCAAAUACCUCGAUCUACUACAACGGCCGUGUUUGUCUCCUCGGGGUUUCAGCGCUUGCCUCAAGUCCUAGUCAGGCAGCGGGCGCUGGAACAAGGACUGGAGGAUGCGUUGAUCUUAUCCAAGCUCCUCGGUCUGGUAACGAGUCCGGACCAACUUGAAAUUGCCUUCCAAGUUGCACAAUUCCAUCCGCCAACCACGGGCCCAGGCUGUGGACCAAGAGAAAACUUACAAACUUCGCCAACAAAAGGCUGUCCGUUGAUCUGGUUCUAUGACUUGGGUGCCGAUGUACAGGCGGCUGAGGAUCGGUUUAAAGAGUUGACCACGAAGGAUUAA